AGACAGUUGGAGAACACACUCACAGAGCUCAACACACUCUGAAAGAGAGAGAGGCACAUCUUCAUCGAGAUAUUCUUCACUCAUAGUUUUACUGGACAACAAGCUUCAAACUUCACAAAGCUGUCGUCUCCAAUCGCUAUGGACUGUCGAAACGAAGGAUGCAGUCAGCCACAGGACGAGGACAUCAUGGACAUUCCCCUUGAUGACCCAGCUGCAAACAAAGCUGCCGCUAAGAUUCAAGCUGGUUUCCGAGGUCACAUGACCAGGAAGAAAAUGAAGGAUGACAAGCCUAGAGAAGAGAAACAACGCGAGCCGAAGUAGCUAAGAAGAGCACCAUCACGACCGCCCAAUAGCACAUCACUGCAAUAACCAGAGCUCUUUUGUUUAUAAAGAACCCUUCAGUGUAUGAUAUGAAAGCAUUAAUGUACAUCUACAUGCAGAGUUUGCCACCCGACUGGCAGACUCACUCACACAUUCCUCUUCUUCCUUUAGCAUCUGAUUGGCUGUUUCUAACUUGAAACGGAUUCACAGCAUGACAUUAGCGAUUCAUUUUAUGAUAGAAACCUGUUUGUGAUCUGUCUGCUUUCGAAUCCUGAAGAGUUUUCUUCUUCCUCUUCUUCUUCUUCUUCUUCUUCUUCUUCUUCUUCUUCUUCUUCUUCUUCUUGUUGCUUCAAGCAAGGCGAGCCAAAUACUCUGUCUGGAGAUUUGUUGAUUUGUUUGAAGUUGUGCUUUACUUCUUUGGCUGUACUGAAUCUUACAAAUACACAAGUAUGCAUUUACUGGACGUUGAUGUUUUUUCUAGCAUAAAUUUUGUUUAUGCCUGUUUAAUAAAGCUAAUUAAGUUCCACAUA